AUGGCAAACGCACCCGCCGACAUAGACGCCCACGAGGGCUCCGGCUCGUCCUCAGGUCUUCAGACGGCAAAGGACUUGUUUUCGGGCGCCGCAGGCGGCAUUGCCCAAGUAUUGAUCGGGCAACCCUUCGACAUCGUGAAAGUCCGUCUGCAAACUUCCCAAGCCUACCCUUCCGCCGUCGCUGCCGCCACGUCCAUCUACCGCAAUGAAGGUGCGCUCGCCUUCUACAAAGGCACACUGACGCCACUACUGGGUAUCGGCGCAUGUGUGUCCAUUCAGUUCGGGGCGUUCCAUGCCGCGCGCCGCUAUCUCGAGCAGCGCAAGUCUUCCGCCACCGCUGGCUCAACACCACAACAGCUCAGUUACGGCGAGUACUAUGCUGCGGGCGCUUUCGCGGGACUGGCCAACUCGUUUCUCUCCGGGCCGAUCGAGCACGUGCGUAUCCGCCUGCAGACCCAACCUCACGGCGCUGCGAAGCUGUACAACGGGCCGUUAGACUGCGUGCGCAAGCUGUGCUCACCAACAAUCGGGGGCGGCGUGGCGCGCGGAUUGUACCGCGGCGAGGCCGUGACGCUGCUGCGCGAGGCACAGGCAUACGGCAUGUGGUUCCUGGCAUUUGAGUGGCUCAUGAAUGCGGAUGCAGCGCGCAACGGGGUAGACCGCAAGGAGAUUGCCAGCUGGAAGGUGGCGUUCUACGGCGGCCUGGCUGGUGAGGCACUGUGGUUGGGGAGCUACCCGCUCGAUGUGAUCAAGAGCAAGAUGCAGACGGAUGGGUUUGGCGCCGACCAGCGGUACAAGACCAUGCGCGACUGCUUUGCCCAGACUUGGCGCGCUGAAGGCGCUCGCGGCUUUUGGAAGGGCAUCGGGCCAACUCUGUUGAGGGCUAUGCCCGUCAGCGCCGGCACGUUUGCGGUGGUCGAAAUGACUAUGCGGGCUAUCAACUGA